GAGGUGUAGACAUAUGAUUUUGCGAUGUGGCACUGAACACACGCACGCGACUCAUAACCUUGUCGCCGUCGCAGCCGCCGUCGUUGACGUGUUGGACCUGGUCGGGCAUACAAACCGUCAACGUUGCGUUGAACUUGUAGAUAAGGCACACUUGUCUCCUUCCGCGUUGAAGCUAUGUUUCUGUCGUGAUUCGUGUGAGAGAGAGCGAGAGAGAGACAGCGGUGACGACUAUUCGAUCAAGGAAAAUCGAGUAAAAUAAAGGAACACAUUCCUGACCGAAAUCUGAGAAAACAUAUUUUUAUUAGCGCGAAACCUUCGUGUCUCGAUCGUUCAAUGACGAAACAUAAAAAAUAAAAUAAAACGAAAAGGACAAGAGCGAAAAUGCUUAGAAUCACAUUGGCUGCUGGGAUAUUUUGUAUCGUACAUUUAUUGAGCAUAUGCGGUCCAGUUUCAGCAUGGGACAACGACGAAUUGGAAGUUUUCGACGUCGUCGAGGAAGUCAAUCAAAAUUUUUACGAGCUUAUGGGGAUUCCUCAGAAUGCGAAUGCUUCGGACAUCAAGAGAGCAUUCAGGAAGCUCUCCCUGCAGCUUCAUCCAGACAAAAACGAUGCAGAAGACGCUGAGAUACAAUUCAGAAACCUUGUAGCAGUUUACGAUGUUCUCAAAGAUCCUGGAAAACGGGAAAAAUACAAUGACGUAUUGGUUAAUGGACUUCCGAACUGGCGUUCAGCGGUCUAUUACUAUCGUCAUGUACGAAAAAUGGGUUUACUCGAGAUGAGUGUGAUCUUGUUCAUAGUUAUAACGAUAGGCCAGUAUUUAGUAGCAUGGGCUGCAUACUUUGAAAAAAGAUACACAUACGAACAAGUAUUAGGUAGCAAGUUGCAAAAAAUGCAAAAAAAAAAUAGAAAAGGAAAGAUGGGCGAAGUACCAGAUUUAGCAGAUAUUUUGGAAAAGAUUCCAAGUCCUAGUGUUAAGAACACACUGCCCUUCCAAUUACCGAGAUGGACGUAUGCCUCGGUGGUGGGAAUUCCAUCAGCAAUAUGCGCUAUUCGUGACUUUCUAGAAGAGAGAAAACGAAGAAAACGAGAAGAGGAGGAGGCUGCUUUAGCCUUGGAGCAAGAAGAAUCUGAGCCAGAGCCAGUAUCCCGGGUAGCCAGGCGACGUAGGGCUGCAUUUGCUCCACAGGAGCAUUCUGGAGAAAGUGUGAGUAAUGGCAGCACUGGGUUUAAAAGAGAAAACUUUCGUACGAAUAAUCACGUUUACGAGAAGCCGAAAGUUGUCGGCAGUUUGUGGACCGAUGACGAUAUUUUGGAGCUUAUCAAACUUGUCAAGAAAUAUCCAGGUGGAACACCUGAUCGAUGGGAAAAAAUAGCUGAUGUGAUGUCUCGCACGGUCAGUGAAGUAACUCACAUGGCAAAAAAGGUAAAAGACGAGGGUCUUAAGCCUGGUCAACCAAACGAGGUGCCAGGUUCGUCGGAGCUCGAACAACCAAAGAAGAUAAAAACCCGAGCUGACGAUACCAACCUUGAAUCUUCUGCCGCCUUGGACUGGAGCCAGGAGCAACAAAAAGCUUUGGAAGCAGCACUCCUGAAACAUCCCAAAUCAGCUACUUCAUUUGACAGAUGGGAAAAAAUAGCAAGCUGUGUUGAGGGUAAAACUAAAGAAGAGUGUCAGGUCCGCUAUAGACAGUUGGUUCAACUUGUCAAAAAAAAACAGCAAAAUCAGCAGACCAAUUAGUAGCAAAUCAAAUUGUCAUCUUUGGGAGAAUCUCCGACACAGAUACAUCAUGCGCAAUGGAUACCGAAUGAAUACACUUCUGUGCCCUUGUCUCGACUGAUCAAACUCUUAAACUAGAGGGAAAAUACUUCCUGCAAUUGUCCAUAAUAUCAUUUUAUCGGAUUCAAUGGAAGCAACGAAAUCUGGUAUCUUUGGUCAUCUUUGAAACUAUUGAGCAGUGUGAUACAUGAUUUAUAACCUCGUUUGUGCCACCACAACUUGACGAGUACUGUAAAUUUAUCAUGUUAUUUUGUUAUCGUCCAUCUACUAAAAAUGUAUUUAUUUAAUAAAUUUAUAACAAAUUACAAAGGUUAUUACAACUA